UUCUUUCUCUGACACAUAUGUAACGUUUCUCUAGUCACUAUCUGAAUUAGACUAGACAAUUCCAUGUGAAUUGUCUGUCUUUCUCUCCCUCUUUGCCUCUCUCUUUUGGAUACAUUUUAUCUUCCCAGUUUCCAGGCCUUUAGGAAAACUAGAACACCUUCCCGAGGAAACGGCUAUGGAGAGCGGUGGGCCCAAGGUGCUGGAAACAGCCGAGGAGAUCCAGGAGCGGCGCCAGGAGGUGUUGGCCCGGUACGCGAGGUUCAAGGACCUGGUUGCGGAGAGGGGCCAGAAGCUUGAAGAGUCCUACCACUACCAGGUUUUCAGACGGGAUGCGGACGACCUGGAGAAGUGGAUCUUGGAGAAACUCCAGAUCGCAGGAGAUAAGAGCUAUGAAGACCCAACUAACAUACAGGGGAAGUAUCAGAAGCAUGAAUCCUUUGAAGCAGAGGUACAAGCAAAAUCGAGGGUCAUUCCUGAGCUGGAGGAAAUCAGGCAGGUCCGAUUUGCUGAGGGCCAUUUUGCCCACGAGGACACCAAGGUCCAUCUGGAGGAAUUGCGCCGCCUGUGGGACCUGCUGAUCGAGCUGACUCGGGAGAAGGGCGCCUUCCUUCUGCGGGCCCUGAAGCUCCAGCAGUACUUACAGGAGUGUGCCGACAUCCUGGAGUGGAUUGGAGACAAGGAGGCCAUAGUGACAUCCGUAGAGCUGGGUGAAGACUGGGAACGCACAGAGGUUCUGCAUAAGAAGUUUGAAGAGUUCCAAGUAGACCUGGCAGCUCGGAAGGGGAGAGUGGAUGGAGUGAACGAAUACGCUAAUAAGUGUGCUAAGGAGAACCACCCAGAACUGCCUUUGAUUAAGUCAAAGCAGGACGAGGUGAAUGCCGCCUGGGAGCGUCUCCAUGGUCUUGCUCUCCAGCGACGGAAAACACUGUCCAACGCUGCAGACCUCCAGCGAUUCAAAAGGGAUGUGACUGAAGCCAUCCAGUGGAUCAAGGAGAAGGAGCCCCAACUCACCUCUGAGGACUAUGGCAAAGACCUCGUUAGCUCCGAGGCACUGUUUCACAGUCACAAGGGACUUGAGCGGAACCUUGCAGUCAUGGAUGACAAGGUGAAGGAGCUAUGUGCCAAAGCGGACAAGCUGAAGCUUUCCCAUCCGGCAGAUGCACCUCAGAUCCAGCAGAUGAAAGAGGACUUGGUCUCCAACUGGGAGCACAUCCGUGCCUUGGCUACCAGCAGAUAUGCAAAGCUGCAGGCUUCUUUUUGGUACCAGCGUUUCUUAUCUGACUAUGAUGAACUCUCAGGCUGGAUGACAGAGAAGACCGCACUAAUCAACGCUGACGAGCUGCCCACAGAUGUGGCUGGUGGGGAAGCCCUGCUGGACAGGCAUCAGCAGCAUAAGCAUGAGAUUGACUCUUAUGAUGACCGAUUCCAAUCUGCUGAUGAGACUGGUCAAGCCCUGCUGGAUGUCAACCAUGAAGCCUCCAGUGAAAUUUUGGAAAAGAUGACAAAACUUGCCAACAACUGGGCUGCCCUGCUGGACCUAUGGGACAAGCGUCAGCAUCAGUAUGAGCAGUGCUUGGACUUGCACCUAUUCUACCGGGACAGUGAGCAAGUGGACAGCUGGAUGAGUAGACAAGAGGCUUUCCUGGAGAAUGAGGACCUGGGAAACUCUCUGGGUGCUGUAGAGACCCUUCUUCAGAAGCACGAUGACUUUGAAGAAGCCUUCACUGCCCAGGAAGAAAAGAUCACGACAUUAGACAAGACUGCAACCAAACUGAUUGACAAUGAUCAUUAUGAUUCAGAGAACAUCGCUUCUAUCCGGGAUGGGCUGCUGGCUCGCCGGGAUGCCCUACGUGAAAGGGCUGCCACUCGACGCAGAUUGCUGGAGGACUCCCUGCUUCUGCAGCAACUGUAUCAGGACUCAGAUGACCUGAAGAACUGGAUCAACAAGAAGAAAAAGCUGGCAGAUGAUGAAGAUUAUAAGGAUACACAGAACUUGAAGAGCCAGGUUCAAAAGCAGCAAGUCUUUGAAGAAGAAUUGGCAGCUAAUAAGAUCCUGCUCAGUAACCUAGAGAAGACUGGCCAGGAGAUGAUUGAGGGUGGCCACUACGCCGCUGACAGUGUGGCUGCUCGGCUGGCCGAAGUCGCCAGCCUGUGGGAGCAAUUGCUGGAGUCGACAGCGCAGAAAGGGACCCAGUUGUUUGAAGCUAACCAGCAGCUGCAAUUUGAAAAUAAUGCCGAAGACCUGAAGCGCUGGCUGGAGGAGGUGGAAUGGCAGGCCACCUCAGAGGAUUAUGGGAAAGGCCUGGCUGAUGUACAAAAUCUACUCAAGAAACACAACUUCUUGGAGUCUGGUGUGGCUGCUCGUCAGGAACAAGUCGACACCAUCACAGACCUGGCGACGUAUUUUGAAGAAACCGGCCAUCCCGAUGCUGGGGACAUCCGGGCCCGGCAGGAGUCCCUGGUGUCGCGGUUUGAAGCCCUGAAGGAACCGCUGGCGACCCGGAAGAAGAAGCUCAUUGACAUUCUCCGCCUGCAGCAGAUUUGCAGAGACACGGAGGAUGAGGAGGCCUGGAUCCAAGAGACCGAACCUUCAGCAGCCUCCACCUUGCUAGGCAAGGAUCUGAUUACAUCAAAGAAUCUUCUGAAUAGACACCAAGUCAUCCAGGCUGACAUUGCCAGCCAUGAGCCACGCAUCCGAGUGAUAACAGACAGGGGAAACAAGAUGGAGGUUCUUCUGAAGAAGCACGAAGCCUUCCUAGUGGAUCUCAAUGCAUUUGGAAACAGUAUGCAGGCUCUACGGGAUCAGGCAGAAGCCUGCCAGGUUCUUCUGAAGAAGCACGAAGCCUUCCUAGUGGAUCUCAAUGCAUUUGGAAACAGUAUGCAGGCUCUACGGGAUCAGGCAGAAGCCUGCCAG